AUGUCACCAUAUGUGGGCAAAAUCGGUCUAAUAUUUUUCGUGGUAGUUAUUAGCGGUGCACUACUCAUAAUUCUUAGGGACUUAUAUGCCAUUAAAGAUAAAUUCUUUAACACGAAGCUUAACUUUGGUGGUCAUAUACGCCAGCAUGGCGAGUAUUGGGUGUGGCACGACUUUAUAAGGGAUAGUGAGGAGCUGAGUGGAAAUGAGAGCAUUACGCUCACCACCCAUGGCACCUACAUGGAUCUGGCUCUAUUGCCGAACUUACUGACCAGAUGGCGCGCGCCCAUUAGUAUGUCCAUUUAUGCCAACGGGGAGGACUAUCAACGCACAAUGGAAUCGAUAGCAUAUCUGGAUGUUUGCAUGGGUCUGUCACUUCCUAUACGCCGUUACCUGAGCAUUCAUAUCAUCAUGCACAGCGAUCAUAUGCCUGCUGUCCUGCGAUAUAGAGGAAAACGGCCCACUAUCUCUUCUGUUUCCUGCAAUGUGAUCGAACCCUUUUCCCGAUGUUGCCAGCACCUAACCUAUUGGUAUAAUAAGCAGUUGCCCUAUCCAGCGAAUCUUAUGCGGAACGUGGCGCGUAUGAACGCCCGCACCUACUAUGUACUGGCCAUGGAUAUCCAGCUACUGCCGACGCCGAAGUUCGUCAAGAAAUUUCUCAGAUUUAUGUGGGAUCAUGAUUGGUGGCGCUUCGCGGACAUACCUAUGCCCUACACUACUGUUUUCUGUCUGCCUACCUUUGCGCACAGACCUGAGGCUCCCCUGCCCCUCACCAAGCGACAAUUAGUGGAAGUUCUAGGCGAAUUUAACAUCACUAGUCCCAUAUAUGAUAGUCCCCAGCAACAAAAACUCUGGUUAGUGGCCCCCAAUCCCAGAGAGGAACUCUUCAUAUUCAGGCGCUCCACAACAAUGGAUAUGUGCGUCGCCUAUGUGAGCAUCAAUGAGUUAGAGCCACUAUAUGACGAACGUCUCCAAUCGGAGUCCAUUUAUGAGCACGGCGCCAACUUGAAGGGUCAGGUGCUAAUGAGCUUGAAUUACACCUUCAUUACAUUGGAUGGCGCCUUUUUGGUGCGUCGCACUCUGGACAGCUGGGAGCACUCGGAAUUGCGACAAGCCACUUUCCAGUCAGAAAUAUUAGAUAUGCUCGAGACUUGGAAGAUCUUCUACCAGCAGCUCCUCAAACUUGUGCCCGAAGGAUUCCGAGAAAGAUUGUACCGGCGAUCAUAUAACUUUAAACGUUUGUAAAUAAUUUUCAAUAUAAUAAUAAACUAAUGUGGUUGUUAUAACUA